AUGUCUGCCAAGUCCAAGAUCAAUCCCCUCAAUGGGCAGCAUACGGCUGGCAUCUUCUCCGACCCGAGUAUCGACGGGCCGCAGAUUGGCACUCUCGUGCUCGUGGUCGACCGGGCGAAGAAUCUGCCCAACCGGAAGACCAUUGGCAAGCAGGACCCCUAUUGUGCUGCUCGUCUGGGCAAGGAGGCCCGGAAGACGGCCACGGACAUUCCUGGCGGACAGACUCCGAAAUGCAUGUUCACAGGGACCAAGAGCUACGCUUCAUCGUGCACGAUUCCCCUGACUACUACCAGCUCAAGAUCUCCAUCUUUUAGCGACGACAAGAAGACGGAGCUGAUUGGCGAGAACUGGGUUGAUCUGCGCGAUAUCAUUGUUCCGGGCGGUGGCCAGAGUGACCAAUGGGAAACCCGCAACCCCCGUGGCAAGCAGGCCGGUGAGCUCCGCAUGGAGAUUACGUUCUAUGACAGCCCCGGGAGGCCGGCCGGGACGCCGGCCGGACCGGCAUCGACGGCAUCGUCGCAGCUGGCGGCACCAGCAAUGAUAACUGCUGUCUCCGCUGCAGCGACUGUGCCCACAUCCAGCAGCUCAUUGAGUGGUCCAAGAGCACGGCCACUACCGGAGAUGACUGGACCAUCACGAGGAGUUCCGAAGCGGCGACCACUCCCAUCAGACCCCGUCGUGGGCCAUGCUUCACACCCCCCCCCUGAACCAGCACCACAGCCUGCACAACAGCCUGUGCCGGUGCCGCAAUCGGCCGUAGCCGUGGCACAACUCUCCGACGCCACACAAACACCGUCGCGUCAGCUGAACCCUUCGGCAGCAUAUAAUACCAACCAGCUAUCUCAGCCUCUCGGCCAAUACAACACUCCUCCCCAGCCUUCACCCCAUCAACACCAACAUCAACAGCAGCAGCCACCGCUGCUACUACCACAAUCACAGCCUGCAGUAUCGACAUUACAAAUGUCUCCCACACGAUACCAAGAGUAUCGUGAUCAGGGUUCGUACGGCUCUGCUAUCACCAAUGGCCCGGUAGCAGACAGCGGGUAUGAGAGCACCCCGUCUGAUGGUCACCAGCACCAAUCCUACCAGCGCUACCAGCACCACCAUGCACAAUCGCUGGAUCGCUACCAGGCGCCAUCUCACUACGGCAGCCGCGACUUUGGUGGCGACAUGCGAGACCAGCAGCCAUACGACAGCCGUUUUGACAACGCACCUAUACCGGUCUCAGCACCACCUGUAUCUGCUUCAUACGAGGAGACCAACAUGGUAGCACCUGUCGGCGAUCGUCCACCGCCUCCUCCCGUCCACAGAAGCAGGAACAACAGCAGCGGCGCCGUGGAGUCCGGAUAUCGCAACAGCUUCAACUCGUCUACUGUGAAAGGAACGCCACCCCAGACAAUUCGCCAUGACGUGCUGCGCAGCGAGGCCCAUCGACACUCCAUAUCGUCGGCCUAUCCAGGCCGUCCGAUUUACCGGCCAGUUGAAUCGGGCACAUCUCCCACCGUUUCCGCAGCAGUCUCCCCGGUCGACAGAUCGACGUACGGCUCAGCCGUCACGGAUCCCUUCUACCAGCCAUCGCCACCUCGCCAUCGAGCCUACGACUCCGCCUAUGAUGCACAGCCGUACUCGACCGAAGAGGCGAACAACGGGGUGGGUCCCCUCGUGCCGGCGUCGUUUCAGCAGAACACAUCUCGCCAGCCGCCACAGCAGCCACAACAACAGUCGGGCUACGAAUACUCCGAGCCCGACUACAACCACAACAAGGCGCCCAGUCCAUCACCUCUCAGCCUGGCUAGUCACCGAGGCGCCAGCCCAGCUGCUGCUGCUGCUUCAGGCUAUGCGCCCUCCACGCCUACACACUAUCGAAAUGGCGAGUCGAUGAGUUUUGCAGGAUCUGUGUCGCCUUCCCCAAUGCAGCAGCGAGACAAUAGGACGAGUCCGGCCCCGCCACCUGGGUCUGGGUACAGCGCCUAUGAUGCUCCCGCGGCCGAGGAGCGGUACCAGGGUUACCACAGCGAUCUGGAUGGCGCCCCGCACGAAGAUGACAUGGGCGUCGACUCCUUUGAAGUCAUGCCGGUACCGGCCUCUCUGGUCCCAGGUGUCGAUCCCGGGCUUGCACUGGAGCUUCGAUCUCGUAUCCACCAGGAGGACCGGCGCAGCGAGCAGCGUCGUUACACCAUCCAGCAACAACCGAUGGAUAUACCUGCUCGUGGGAGGCAGAUGACUGCUCGAGCAUCUAGCUUUGGCCAGGAGGAUGCUGCUCGGAUGUACACCGCACCACAAGGGAGCUACAAUGAGGGAGGAUACGGUGGUCGGACGUACGAUGCGCCACCACAGGCGCGGUCGAGGUACGAGCGAAGUCCAGGGCCGUAUUCAUCGGGAGCGGCGUCGCCGGCGCCACCGGUGCCUGCGGCACACUCGCCGAACCCGCGGCACACGAUCAAGCGCAAGUCCGUCAGUCCUGCACCACCACCUGCGCCAGCGAGUGGGACGGAGAGCCGCCGACUUUCCGGCAUUCCGUUUGGUCCCGACUCCUAUGAUGAGCUCAACCCGACGGUGGCGGCGACGAUCGACCCAACGCGUUCAGAUUUUAACGAGGCCACAGGCAAGAUCGUCUCGUACGACGGCCGCGAGAUCGACCCGUCCGACCACCUGCCCAUGAAUACGUGGGCACCCGAGCCCGAGGCAAAGCCGACGAAGCCGACAGGUGCGGCCGGGACGUUGUCCUCAGAGGGGGCGGUGCCGUCAGGAAGGCGUCAGCUGCGGAUUGCUGGCCGACCGCAAGCGGCUGCCAACAACACAGGCAUUACUUUUAGCUCAGGAAAUAAUGCUCCGGUUGCGCCGGCGUCACGGAACCGUCUGCAGAAAAAGACCAGCCGGCAGAGCCCGCCGACAGUGCCGACGGUCAGCAGCAGCAGCAGCGGCGGCGGAAACAUGAGCAUGGCGAUGACAAUCUCGUCCCAGUCACAGAACGCAAGCCCUCUGGCGCCGCUGUCCCACCCUCGCCAACAGGACAACUUCACGCCACCACGCGGGCUGCCGCGAGCAAACACGUAUGAUGGGGCCAGUGAAAACCACGCACCGGCGAUGGCCUUGUAUGGCGGCAGCCCUGGGAGAAGCGGCUUUGGGGCACCGGCUCCACCGGUCCCCGCCAAAGUACCAAUGGGAAGCGGCAGCAUCGCGGGCUAUGGUGGCGGCGGGCAUAGGGGCAUCGGCAGCAGCGAGCGGGACCGGAGCCCGGCAAUGAGUGGUGCUCUGCCAAUGCCGAUUCCCGAGUCACGUGCCUUGCCUUGGGAACCCUACUCCGCAGGGCCAUCGGGCGAGGUGGCUCUGAUGGAAGAGAUGAGCCGGAUCGACCUUGGGAGUGGACGAGCCCGGAGGCACCAUGGCCGUCAAUACUAG